AUGGAUGACAGCAGGAGCCAGAGGGUGUCGCCUGUUACUGAGAUCCUGUUCGGGCGCCCCGGGCUGGGGAGACGUGCCCUGCGGGGUGGUGUCUGGUGCUGGCUCGACAGUAUCCAUCUCUUGGUAUCCAGUGUAGACAGUAUCCACAUCUUCAUAUCCAGUGUAGACAGUAUCCACGUCUUCGCAUCCAGUGUAGACAGCAUCAAUGUCUUGGUAUCCAGUGUGGACAGCAUCAACAUCUUGGUAUCCAGUGUAGACAGUAUCCACAUUUUGGUGUCCAGUAUAGACAGUAUCCACAUCUUGGUAUGCAGUGUAGACAGCAUCAACAUCUUGGUAUCCAGUGUGGACAGCAUCAACAUCUUGGUAUCCAGUGUAGACAGCAUCAACAUCUUGGUAUCCAGUGUAGACAACAUCGACAUCUUAGUAUGCAGUAUAGACAGCAUCCACGUUGUGGUAUCCAGUGUAGACAGUAUCGACAUCUUAGUAUCCAGUGUAGACAGUAUCCACAUCUUCAUAUCCAGUGUAGACAGUAUCCACGUCUUUAUAUCCAGUGUAGACAGCAUCAGUGUCUUGGUAUCCAGUGUAGACAGCAUCAGUGUCUUGGUUUCCAGUGUAGACAGCAUCAAUGUCUUGGUAUCCAGUGUAGACAGCAUCGACAUCUUGGUAUCCAGUGUAGACACAUCCAUGUGGUAUCCAGUGUAA